UCUCUUCUGGGUGGAGCUUGCCCCUCCGCUCGCCCACGCUGCCCCACUGCCUGCCUGCCUGCCUGGCUCUUCCCUCCGUGGGUCUCUCCUGGCUCUCCUCUCCCUCUUCCUCCUCCCGGUCUUGUCUCCUCGAUCCUGCCGGCCAUGAGCUUCCCGCGGCCGCUCCGCCGCUCCGUGAGCCUGAACCCGGCGCGGACCCUGCGGCUGGUGGUGCUGGGACAAGGCGCCGUGGGGAAGACAGCUUUGACCGUGAGAUUCAUCACCAAGCGAUUCAUUGGUGAUUAUGACCCCACUCUAGAGAUGAUUUAUAGGCACACAGCUGUCAUCGAUAGCGAGAUGGUGCAUUUUGAAAUUCUUGACACAGCUGGACAGGAGGAGGAUUCCUUGCAAAUUGAAGAGAAGAUUAAGUGGGGAGAUGGCUUUGCCGUGGUUUACUCUGUCACUGAUCGGUGCAGCUUUGAUGAAGUCAUGAGGCUCUGUUUCCUCAUCAACCACAUCCAUUCCAGCCCCAAACGAAGCAAUGGAAGUGGAGACCCGCCAGUGGUGAUUGUUGGGAACAAAAAGGACUUGCAGUUUGACCGAAUGGUGUCCUUUGAGGAUGGAGAGAACCUCUCCAAGGCCCUGAAGCACCCGUUCUAUGAAAUCUCUACCAGGGACAGCUAUGAGGAGACGGUGACUGUUUUCAAUACAUUGUAUAGUGAGCUGAUGAAGCAAGGGCACUUUUCCCCAGGCUCCUUUAAGAGACGAGCAGUGUCUAAACUCAUGGAAAAGAUCCCAAAGAUUCAUGCCAACUCAACACUGGCCUCAGGUGGCAGGAGCCUGAGCUUCAACUCCUUCCGAGACUACAUCCCAGAGUGAACUUUUGCAUUGGCAUUUGUGCAGUGAUGAGUGAUGCACGUAGGGACUGGGUGCCGCCAACAAGGGAGAGACUGCAGAGCUGAGGACAUGGCAAGCCCAGAGGCCUGUACAUGGUUAGGAAACAUGUUUUGGGGUCCCCACCUCCAACUACUUUAAAACCAGGGAAGAUGAUCCUGACUUAUGAUAGUCUGUGGUGCAAUGGUGCAUGAAACAGCCAAAGAUUCAUCCAAGCUGAUUUGCUGUUUUGCUUUAGUCAGAUGCUUUUGGCUGUCCAAAGCAGAGCAUGGGUGAAAAUAACUUUCACCAUUCCCUGGCAAUUGAUGUUCAGUAGCACAUUGAAUACCAGGUUCCCUUAAGCCAUUGUGGCUAAUAGCCAUUGAUAAAGUCCUUUCCCCACUUCCCCUAACCAAGUAUUUUUUUUUCUCUUUUAGACAUAACCUUCUAAGUAAGUGGUCUAACCUGUUAGGAGUCAUCAUUACCAGUGUUGGUGAAUUCCUUGUGUAAGGCCAGAAUUUUGGCAAGAGAUGGCAUGCGUUUUUAAAAUCCAGGGUGAAAGACAGCCGUGAAAGCACAUUUUCAGUGGGGGUCUAGUUCUUCUACCACUUGGCCCAAGAAAGCCAUAAAAAAGGAGAUACCCUUGCAGUCAUUGUUUGGAAGCUAAGCUUAACAACCGCUUGGCUGUUUGGAAUGCCAUCAGCUCUUGUAAGGAAGGUCUUGUGGAAGUAGCAGUUGAUUAAGAUUCACUCUUUCUGGUUGUUGAUAUGUUACUGGUUACUCCUUACCACCAAACCAGUGUUCACAGAGUUAUUCACCUGAUCCUUUCCAUACAAGCUCAAGUCUACUGAUAUUGCCAGGUUGCUCGAGGUAUUUUUUUAUUGGAGGCAGUGAAGAGCAGUGUAUCCUUCCUAUUCCACUAACACAAGUGGAACAAUCUAGGAGUUGAUUCUUGCUCUGGUAUUAGUGAUAGAAGAGCAAUUUUCAUAGGGUUUGGGUGAAAGGGAGUGCUUUUUAUACAGUGUUAACACAGGGACACAAGACUUCAUGGCAGGAGGGAAGUAAUUAAUGCAGAGAAUCAGAAUAUUCUUAGGAUUAGGAAACAAAAGAUCAUCCAGUCCAUUACCUUCCAUAAUGCAACUUUUUCUGUAGCUAUAUCAAGGCUACCUUGAAUAAGAUUCAGAUCAUCGGCCUUUUCUUGGCGUGCAACUGCCACCAGGAACAAUUACUCUCCGUUUUGGCAGAUUCUUGUUCCUUCCUUUUCUUUUAAGAAGCAGAGAAGCCAGGAUGACACUGGAGCCAUCUAAAUGCAAAGAAUAUGGAGCUAUCAUCUCAAAGCUUGGAGAAGCUGCAAGUAACACUUUCAAGCUUUGACUAAGGUCUUUAUUAAGACCAUUGCUUUUCUUCCCCUCCUAAGACCUUAUUUACUGUGCUAAUAGACUACAAAAGCUACAAGUUAGUUGCUGUUUUGGAAAGAUUGAUGGCUGACCCAAUAACUCCAUUUGCUUCACAGAGGUUUCUGAUUUCCGCCUUUGAACAUCAGGAAAAGCAGUCAACUUGCGACCCACUUCCUUUAAACGGCCUUUUGCUUGGUUUCUGUGCGGGCAACCUAUUGUGUCUCAAACAUGGGGGUACUACAAAUACAUCUUGAGUUAUGCACUAUAGCAAGAAGGUCUGUUUGUGUUUUCUGAUUCUUGAUCAAAUCCUAUGGAUGGUAUUUUACUUAAUGCCCCAGCAGCCUGCUGCAAAAUGGAUUUGCUGUCACUCAACAGACUUUGAAGGUAGCCUUCUUCUGAGAUCCAGUUAGCUUUCAAACUGGAGGUAGACUUUGUUUUUUGUUUGUUUACUGUUCUUUCCUUGAAGCUAUUUGGCUUUAUAAUUAAAUGUUGUGUUGUGGAACGAUAUUACAUUAUCUCCUGCUGAUUUAAAUAUGUAUGCAAUCAGGAGGAAUUAACUGCUACAAUAUGCAUACAUUACAGGGGAUGAUAUCUAAUUAUGUUGUUUUUUUUAAAAAAAAUCAGUAAAGGUACACUUACAAAUAGGUUAAGGUCAUGCCAAGUUGAUGAUACUUUAUAUAAUAACUCCCAAGUGAUACAGGCUGAGAUGGUCUCCUCUCCUCCUUGUAAUUUUGGUUUUUCCCAUGUUGGUGUCCUUCAUAGAUUUUGACUACAUCUCCCAUCUUGCCUGAACAUUGACCAUGCUGGGUGGUGUUGAUGGAAUGUGUAAACCAACUUCUCUGAAAGACACAAGCAGAAGGAAGUGGAGAACAGAAUGCCAACGUCACCUCUAUGGAGUAAAAAAAUUGCAAUAUAUUACAUAAUGUUGGUGUCUUAACAGCAUGCCUAUAAUGUUUAUUGCUAUAGUGCAUGAUCAUGCAUUUUUAUUGCCAUCAAAUAAAGCAAUUAUUUAAUGUUUGUUCUGGCAGUUCGAAACCAAUAAUUAUCUGGAUUAGGAUCUUGGCUUCUUCCCCCAUUAUUUCCCCUAAAUUAAUUCUGUUUCAUUAUGGCAACUUGUUUGCUGUCUGAAGAGAAUGGGCAAUUUUUAAAAGCGAAUUCUUCCUUUUUAAAGCCAUAACAGUUUGUCAGACAGCAUUUAAAAUCGUUCACUUGCACUGUAAAAUGAGACACGGUUAUCUACUGUUUUCUCUUCUUGUUUGGGGAUUUGCCUUUCUCAGGCAAAAUGUCUUAAGAAGUGAAUGUUGAGUUAGAGGGCAUAUCUGUUUCCAUGGGAAAAGAAGGUUACUGGAAGAUUUCUUUACUAUCUUGAAGGAGUACUCAAGAAAGGUUAAACCUAAAUGGUUGUUGAUAUUUAUGUUCAUAUUACAUUUUCUUCUCCAAGACGCCAAGAAAGCUGACCCUUGUGAAAGCGGCUCUCUAAAGCUAAAAGCACAGCAUCACCCCCAAAACCUUUAAUGCGAGCAGAGGUGUAAAUGUUGAGCCUAUCAUAGAUCAAGCAUUUGCUAGAGAUUUUAAAUGUACUUGAAGUGGGGUAGAGACUGGAUGUUCUGCAGUAGAUGAUGAUGAUUCACAUGAGAAGUUUUUUAAAAAAUCCUUUACAACCACACUUAAACACCUUCACUUCAGAGUAUGAUAUCUCACAGCCCCUAAAUCUCACAUCUUCGCUGGUUGGGGAAGUGAUUACUUCAUUUUUCACAAAUGCAUCUUUUCUCCUUUAGCCCUGUUUACAAUUUCAUCUGUACAGCAAGUAUUUCUCAUGAUACAACUUGCUAGGUAAUACAUUACCCCUAUUAUGAUUUUCAUUGGUAGAUCUCACAGAGUACUCCUUAAAUUCUCUGUUGAUCUCGUUUUCAUUCUGCUACUGCAAUAUUUCUCAAGGAAAUAAUUAUUGGAGAAGUAGUUGUUGGAAUGACAACCUUACAUACAAGAUAAAGCAGCAACAUAGAAUAGCAUUGCUAGGGUUUUUUUCCGUGUCAGGAGUGACUUGAGAGACUGCAAGUCGUUUCUGGUGUAAGAGAAUUGGCAGUCUGCAAAGAUGUUGCCCAGGGGAUGCCCGGAUGUUUUGAUGUUUUACCAUCCCAUGGGAGGCUUCUUUCAUGUCCCUACAUGGGAAGCUAGAGCUGAGACGGGAGCUCACCCCACUCCCCGGAUUUGGACCGCCAACUUGUCUGUCAGCAGUCCUACCACCACAAGGGUUUAACCCAUUGUGCCACCAGGGACUCCAGCAUUGCUAGGUAAUGGAAGUCUGGCUCUUUAUAAUAAAUGAAUGCAUCCAAAUUUGUGCAUUCUACUUUCCAGCAAUGUAAUGAAUGGGUUGAGUCCUUAUGAAAACCUGAGGCACUAAAAGUCACCGAUCCAUGGAUCUCUAAUUUUGGUAGCAUCAGACUAACAAAUAGGCGAAUGAUCAAAACGUAUCUAAGAAUGACUGCAUGUAUGUGUGUGCAGAAGUUUGCGAAAUUAUGGGUUGUUUUAGCAUGCUCAGUUUUGCCAUUUGUUUGAGAUAGUUGAUUGCUUGUUCCAGCAAUUCUCUGCACACUGUAAAAAUGAAGUUAUUCAAAUGGAGCUGUUUUCUUUACCCCUGGCAUUGCACUUAUCAGAAAUUUUAAUUGCUUGUUGAGAGACGUGAUCAGCUUUCUUUAUAUAGGAGACAAUGGGUGUGAAUAUGUGAAUUACACUUCCCUCCACUGAUUGCACCUCAACACUUCAUCUAAAAUGUCACCUGGCUCUAGUGUCCAAUUGAAAGCAAUUUGAGGAUCAUUUUGCUCUGUGGAUAUUUGGACUGCAGCUCCUAGUAUCUUCAACCAAUUACCAUGCUGGCUGGAAUAUCUCGGAGUUGAAAAAGCCCUGUGAGGAACGGCUUAAACAGCUUGGCAUACUUAGCCUGCAGAAAACAAGGCUGAGAGGAGACAUAAUGGCCUUAUAUAAAUAUGUGAGAGGAUGUCAUAGGGAGGAGGGAGCAAGCUUGUUUUCUGCUGCCCAGGAGACUAGCACAUGGAGCAAUGGCUUCAAACUACAGGAAAGGAAGUUCCACCUGAACAUUAGGAAGAACAUCCUGACUGUGAGAGUUGUUCAGCAAUGGAACUCUCUGCCCUGGAGUGUGGUGGAGGCUCCUUCUUUGGAGGCUUUUAAACAGAGGCUGGAUGGCCACCUGUCAGGAGUGCUUUGAAUGUGAUUGUCCUGCUUCUUGGCAGGGGGUUGGACUGGAUGGCCCACGAGUUCUCUUCCAACUCUAUGAUUCUAUAAGCCCUUCCCUUGGAUAUGAAGAAAGACAUUCUAAUAUGAAAAUGAUUACUUCCUUUUAGUACAUAUACAGGCUUCCCCCACCUUUAGAUGCCUUGCUUUCUGAUGACUUGUUCUUCCAAUGCUUGCAAAUUGCUGACAAAUUCUAUUAAUUUGGUGAGGAAUCUGCUAUUUCAUAAGUUUUUUUCUUGCCUAUGAGGUCUACUUGGGACUGCUGGCACAUACCCUACAGUAUACUGUACAUUUACUGUAUACAUUACAUCUUCCAGCAGCCAAAAUGUAUUGGAAAACAUUUAAAAUCUGGUUCCACUUUUCAACCAAUUCCACUUUCUGACAGUGUAGCAGUCCCUAAGCCAUCAGAUAAAUGAGGGCUUCCUGCGUUUAUUUUUAAUUCUGCACUAAGGUACACAACCAAGGGCCAGUGAUGCUAUAUGGCUCUGUACAUUUGGCCACCAAAAUGGAAAUCAUAAAAAGUGAAGCCUGAAGUUAAAAAUAAAUGUUCUUGAAUGCAUUUUGAAAGAAGGUUUCAAACAGUCUCUAGAAUGUUCAAAAUGUUUACAUAUGCAAGGCUUUGCUGACCAGGUUCUUUCAUUUCACAUGUGCAUAUGGUUGGUUUUGAAUAAAAAGUUUGAUGAAACACA